CAUCUGAAGAUGACUGCCAGUAGUUCGGGGCUGGGAAGAAUUUUAACUAAAUUAUGUAGAUAUAACAAUAUCACAGGACGAAGUCAAUUAAACAAACUAUGGUCGGAGCAGCUUGCUUAUCCUGGCACAUCAAGAAUCCACUCUCAGAAUACAAGAACAUUAACAACAGAAGCACAGCCUGAAAGUGCUUCAAGUAAUGCUGGAAUUCUUCUUAGUGAUCGAUGUGUCAAGAGAUUACAGAAAAUCGGUGCUUCUGGUGAAUAUUUACGUAUUUAUGUUGAAGGUGGUGGAUGUUCAGGUUUUCAGUACAAAUUUGAUAUAGACACCAAAGUAGAAGAAGAUGACAGAUUAUUUGAACGUGAUGGUGUGGGUUUAGUUGUGGAUGUUGAGUCAUUGGAAUAUUUGAAAGGAUCUACAAUUGACUAUCAAGAGGAACUGAUUCGAUCAGCAUUUCAGGUUGUAAAGAAUCCAAAAGCAGAACAUGGAUGUUCUUGUGGAGCCUCAUUUUCACUGAAAGUUUGAGAUAGUGAAAGCUUCAUGUUAAAUUAUAUAAAUUUCAUAUUGACAAACAAGGAGUGAAAAUCUGGCAUGUGUGAUUAGUGCUUUCACAUCAAUUUGUUCAAUAUAGUAUACACAAUUCACUCAUUAUUUACCGUUAGUAAGAGCCCCGUGCAAGUAUUUUUUUCAAAAUCUGUUAUCUAACACACACACACACAAAUAAAAGUUGUAUAUUAAAAACAAAAACACAGCUUAUAUCUUGAAUAAUGUAGCUUCAUCAGAUUGUUUUCAGUGAUUAUGAAACUGGUUAAUUUCAUUUCACUGAAGAAAAAAAAAAAAUGGAAAAGCGCCCUCUGUGAUGUAUAUUAUACUUUAACAGUUUGCACAGAUCCAUUCAGUGCAGUGUUGCUUUGGGUAUUUGUUAGCUUUCAUAUUUUAUUUACAAUAUCUUUUGUUUUUCUUUGAAUGUUUUGAAAUACUUUUCCCACUAAUACAAUGAACGGUAGAAACCCAGGGACAUAAAAGUUCUAUAAAUAUAAUAAAUUCAGAAUGACGGUUACAUUUCAACUUGACCAAUCCAGAAAUGGUAUCAUAUAAUUAAUAUAUGCAUGCUAAUAUGGGUGUAGACAAUGCUCUUGAGCCAAUCAGUCAAAUAAUUGAAUUUGAAAGAAAGUCUAUGAUCGAUAUUUACAAUUUUUUUUAUAAACAAUAUUCUGCUUUUCAAUGUAUUCUCAAUGCAAAUAUUACAAUGUAGUCAAGGUUAUUAAUAUGUUUGAACCAUGCUUCUGUAAUACUUCAAUAAAUACAAUUAUCUAA